AUGAAGUUACUUUCUUCCUUCUUUUUGACUACGAGUGCGUUUCACUCGACAACUAUUAUCUCCACGUCUGCUACAUCAACAACUUCAUUCAGCCCAACAGAAUCAUCCCAGCCAGUCAGCUACUGCGAGUUUCCAAAGCUCAAGCAAGGCUGUGACCCGGACAAUGGAGCAGCUUUCGGAUCGUCAGUCAAAUGCAAAAAGAAGUGCAACGGUUUUAAGCAAGCGACAAAGACAAAGACCAGGGUGAUCAGUCGAAAAUAUGGUUCUGUUCUCUACUCAGUCGACUUCAAAGGGAAAACAAGGCUGCCAGCAGAGGAGGAUUACGUCGGAAUGGUUCGCUUCAAAAUUUCCAACUGCGGCGAGUUCGUCACUGACCAUCAUCUCCACUUGCAAGAUCUACAUGUUUCAUUUUCUGACCUCCAACUUGAUGUCUACGAAAGUCAGUUCAUCGGACAUCAAACGCCGAAAAAGAAAGACAUGGGACGAAAGAAAGUGUUUUUCUCCAGUUUUCUCGACGAUAUCAACAACGAGAACUGA